GGCGGCCGCACCGACGACAGCCUCGGCAUCAUCCCCCGCUCCGUGGCGGACGUCUUCGGCUACAUACAGGACCGGCAGGGGCCGCACACCAGCUUCCGGGUGCGGGCGUCCUACCUGCAGAUAUACAACGAGGUGAUCUCGGACCUCUUGAAGCCCGAGCGGUCUCACCUCGCCAUCCGCCAGGACCAGCGCCGAGGCGUCUACGUGGAGGGGCUGUCCGAGUGGCUCUGCCGCAGCCCUGCGGAGGUCGAGGCGCUGAUGGAGCGGGGCAGCGCCGCAAGGGCCACCGCUCACACUACGGCCAACGACGCCAGCAGCCGCUCGCACGCAGUGUUCUUGGUGGUUCUCGAGCAGAGCGAGGCGCUGCUUGCAGAGGACCAGGCCAGCGGCUCGCAAGGCGACCUGGAGCUGCGGCGCACGCGCGUGGGGCGCCUGAACCUGGUGGACCUUGCCGGCUCCGAGCGGCCGCGGCUGACGGGGGCGACCGGCCAGAGGCUCGAGGAGACCAAGAAGAUCAACCAGAGCCUCUCAGCGCUAGGCAACGUCAUCGCCACCCUGACCGACCGCCGUGGGCCGAGGCAGCAUGUGCCGUACCGCGACUCCAAGCUGACUCGCCUGCUGGAGGACUCGCUCGGGGGCAACUGCCGCACGACCAUGAUGGCGAUGGUCUCGCCAGUGGCGGAGGCGUUCUCGGAGGCCAUGUCGACGCUGAAGUUCGCGCACCGCGCCAAG